AUGAAUUUGCUCUUACAGUUCGUAACCUGUUCAAAACUGGUGUGUUACUUCACAAACUGGUCUCAGUACAGAUCAGGAACUGCAAGAUACCUUCCUGAAAAUGUGGACCCUAACUUGUGUACUCAUUUAAUCUAUGCAUUUGCUAUUAUCAACUAUGCCAAUAACAUUGCAGGCAGUGAGUGGAAUGAUGUCAUCCACUAUUCAACCUUCAAUACACUUAAGAAACUAAAUCCACAGCUGAUAACUUUGUUGUCCGUCAGAGACCAGGACUCAAGUCAAUUCUCCAUUAUGUUAUCCAAGUGGAUAAACCGCCAGACUUUCAUCAAGUCUUCUAUUGAGUUUUUAAGGAAAUAUAACUUUGACGGGCUGGAUUUGGACUGGGAAAUCAAAAACACUUCAGAGACGCAUCCAGAAGAUAAGCUGAAAUUCACUCUACUAUGCAAGGAACUUUUGGAAGCAUUUAUAGCUGAAGGCCUGAACAGUGAUACAAGACUCAUUCUAGUAGCAACUGUUUCAGCACAGAAAGACGUUAUUGACAGGAGCUACAUCAUUCCAGAGAUCUCAGAGUACUUGGACUUUAUUAAUGUCAAGACGUUUGACUUUCAUACAUAUAAAGAUGGCAUUGCAAGACAUCACAGUGCUUUGUACAGUGCCAUGAGUGAUGACAAGGAUAUCAGAUCAAACACUGAUUUUGCUUUGCAGUACUGGAGAUCUCAGGGAGCUCCUGCUGAGAAGUUGAUGAUGGGCUUCUCCACAUACGGACGCUCUUUCACCCUCAACUCCUCUCAGAAUGGAGUGGGAGCCCCAGCCAAUAAAUUGGCUUCUCCUGGACCUCACACACAAGAGAUAGGCUUGUGGGCUUACUAUGAAAUAUGUCUUUUUCUGAAUGAUGGUGUGGUACAGUGGAUUGAAGACCAGAAAGUACCUUUUUCUGUGAAAGGCAAUGACUGGGUGGGAUUUGACAAUCUGAGGAGCUUCGAUAUUAAGACAAAAUAUCUACAGGAGCAUGGCUACGGGGGUGCGUUUGUGUGGGCUCUAGACCUGGAUGAUUUUUCUGGAAAUUUCUGUGGACAAGGCAACUACCCUUUAGCCAACAGCCUUAAGAAAUCAUUAAUACAUGCAGGAAUUGAAUCGUCUUCCUCCAUGACAAGCACCAACUUUUUCUUCAGUAUUUUUUCAACAGCUGGAAAAGGCUCUUCGCCAACACCGAUAUGUGUGAAGAUUGUCAGAUCUUUUUCAGCACAGCAAAUUCUGUUUUGUGCAAACAGAUCAGAUGGACUGUAUUACAGAACAGAUUCCAUCAAUUCAUUUUAUAGCUGUAGUGGAGGAAUAACAAAUAUCACCUGGUGCACUCUGUCCAAUGCCAUUUCAAAUAAUUCUGGGGAAGUACAAUUGCAACAGAUGAUUAUUUUUAUUACAUUAGGGAGUGCAAGUUUCUUAACUAAAACGCUGAUUUAAGAUUAAAGCAGAUGGAAAGACAGGUCAAUGGAAGUGUAAAUUCUUGUAUUUAUAGUUUAUGGAUGUUGAGCAAUUGUAAUUGCUACUGUGAAAUCCUUUUUCUUUAUUCUAAAACCACCUUUAAAUGUAAUAUAAUUUGAACCAUCAAUGGCCGAGAGGCUGUAUGGUGGCCGAGAGAGCUUAACAUGCUGCAAUUUAAUAAAUCACGUGCAAUUACAAAAACACCAGUAAAUUAAGAUCUUCAUCUGUUUGACAGCAUAUAUGCGUCAAAUCCUCACAAAGCAUACACAUGAAAAAGAAAAGUGCUGCAUUUUCCCACAAUGCAAAAAAAUUAAUAAAACACGCUGCAUUUUCUCACAAUGCAAACAAAUUAUGAAAACAAGCUGCAUUUUCUCACAACACUUGCGAAAAGAUCAGAACACAACCUGAAUGUUUCAAGGCGAUCCUAAAACAUGACGGAUGCUGCUGUGCCGUGACUAUUGCUUAGUGAAGUUGUAGUUGAUUUUUGAAAGGUGAGCUUUGUGAUUGUUUAUUUUAACAUCCUGAUUUCCUUGUCUUUUGUAUUUUAUUAGCCUAAAUAACUAUAACCUAAAUAGCCAGGUCAGUCACGUUUUAGGGUCUCCUUAAACAUUUCUGUUGUGCUCUGUGCUUUUUGAAAGUGAGAAAAUGCAGGUGUUUUUGUAAUUUUUUUCAUUGUGAGAAAAUGCAACGCAUUUUAUUAAUUUGUUUGCGAUGUGAAUAUUUGCAGCACGUAUGCUGUCAACUAAUGAAAAUCUUUUCGUAAUUUGCUGCUGUUUUUUUUCUAAUUGUUUGUGUUUUCUUAAAUUGCAGCACUUUAAGCUCUCUUGGUCACCGUACAUUUCAGUCCAUAUAAGCAAAUAAUUCUUCAUAUAAUAAGCAGUUUACUAAUUCUUGUUGUAUGUUAAAACGGUUUCUAAAACAAUACGUUUGUCAGAAGAGUAGCCAAUUUGUACUAAUUCAUACGAUAUCAUUUGUAUUAAUAUAUAUGAUCAGUAAAAGAAGGAAUGCCCCCAAGUCCAGCCUCAUUGGAAGUUGAGCAAAUCAUUCUAAAAUGUACAAAUGAGGACAUAAAAAUUAGCCUCUAAAUCAAAAAGUUACAACUUGAGUGUAUUGGUUUUGUUUGAGAAUAAUUGGUCAAAAAGCAAAACUGCAACAUCUACACCUUACAAUACGCUGCUCAUCAAUAUUAACAGGGUUAGCACCACUUUACCAGGAUGUUUAUAUGCAUCCACAAGUUUAUAUUAAACUCCUAAUAAUAAGCAAAACAUUCAUAACUGAUUGGUUAAACAAAUUAUCAGAUUAUCACAGAUUCCGCGUAUUUCAAUUCACAAGUAUGUAGGAGGAUUUUGUACUAAUUUGUCAGUAGUUAAUCUGACAGCGUCUGAGUCUUUGUUUGUUUUAUACUAUAAAUGUUAAAUGUCUUAUGUAACACUAA